GGUUCGAAUUCGAAGCUUUUACCUUAGCGUAAACAAUGGCGCGCACAACACCGAAAGCUGUGAGGAAGAAGGCGAACCCCUCCUCCGCCGCACCGGCCUCGAAGUCGGAAACUCGCCGCCAGAGCAACGCCGAGAGGUCGGCUUACUUCGCUCGGCGAGAGGCAGCGAAGGUUCUCCGGCUCGUUCUCCAAGGCGACGCUCGGCGCCGCGCCGUUGGCUCCAUCAAAACGCUCAUUUAUAGUCCCUCGGUGAAGAACAAGAAGGCCACCUUCGCUCUUGUCUGUGAAACCCUAAAACAUCUUUCUGUCAUAAAGGAAGUGUUGAAUGAAGCUGAGAUUCUCAAUAGCAAGUGGAAGAAGCAAGAUGAGUUGGUUUAUAUAAUCACGUAUGAUGUUCUUUUUGGUCAGAAAACUUUAUCAACAGGAGAUGCAGAGAAGUUUCUCUGGAAGAGAAGAGAGGCUCUGGUUUCUGCUCUAGCUUCUAUUUUGAAGAAGAAAAAAUUGAAGAAUGUUCAAGAGUUACUAGCUCUGUAUCAAACUCCAGAUGCUGAUGUUUCAAAACCUCGUUAUGUUCGAGUAAAUACUCUGAAGCUGGAUGUUGAAUCUGCACAACAGGAACUGGAGAAACGAUUCUCGGUUCAAAAGGAUGACAUGGUUCCUGAUUUGUUGAUUCUUCCAGCGGGAACUGAUUUGCAUAAACAUCCUCUUGUCAUGAAUGGAAGUAUCUUUUUGCAAGGAAAGGCUAGUUCUAUGGUGGCAGCUGCCCUGGGUCCUGAACCAGGAUGGGAGGUUCUUGAUGCAUGUUCUGCCCCUGGGAACAAAACCGUGCACCUUGCUGCUCUGAUGAGAGGAAAGGGGAAGAUCAUAGCUUGCGAGCUAAAUAAAGAAAGGGUUAAACGUUUGAAUGACACCAUCGAACUCUCUGGUGCUUCUAAUAUAAAGGUUUUGCAUGGAGACUUCUUAAGUUUAAGUUCAGAUGAUCCGGCCUAUUCCAAGGUCCGAGCCAUUCUUUUGGAUCCUUCCUGCUCUGGCUCUGGGACUGCUUCUGUGAGAUUGGAUCAUCUUCUCCCUUCUCACGCCACAGGUCACUCAAGCAAUGAUGUUGACGAUUUUAGACUGAACAAGCUCGCAGCUUUCCAAAGAAAGGCUCUGGAGCACGCUCUGUCCUUUCCAUCAGUGGAGAGAAUAGUCUACAGCACUUGCUCCAUCCACGAGGCUGAGAACGAGGACGUAGUCAAAUCAGUUCUCCCUCUUGCAGCAUCCUACGGAUUCGAACUCGAAGCUCCAUUUCCUCAGUGGCCCCGCCGUGGUCUUCCCAUCUUCGAAGGCUGCGAAAAGUUGCUUCGAACCGAUCCGGUUGAGGACAGGGAAGGGUUCUUCAUUGCCCUGUUUGUCAGGAAGAAGGAAGAGAAGCCCCAAACAAAAGAUGGCCACCAGAAAGAGAUUCUAGUUCCGAAUGUGUUCAGUGAAUUUUGGUAUAUGCGUGGCAGAAAAGGAAAAGCCACACUUGUUCCUUUGAAUCCCGAGAUUGAAAAGUCCUGCAAUCAAAUCAGAAAGAAUAAGAGAGAGGCCCAUAAAUCUGUAAAGAUGGCACAUAAUGAAGGGGAUGGCAGGAAUGUUCAAACUCCUGGAGUUGUACGAGGGGUUCAGGCUCAACCCAAUGCUGAGAGGAGCCUGCGAGAUUAUGUGCUACCCACUCUGACGGGAGUACAAAAUAGUAUAUGCCCACCAACUGUAGAGGCCAACAACUUUGAAAUAAAGCCCGCCAUUCUACAAAUGGUGCAGUCCUCUGUGCAAUUCAAUGGGUUGCCCUCUGAAGAUCCUCACACCCAUUUGUCUAACUUUCUGGAGUUGUGUGGAACCUUCAAAUAUAAUGGGGUGAGUGAUGACGGCUCUUCCCAUUUUCUCUAAGGGACAGAGCUAAAA